AUGAUCGCCGGGCUGGAAGAAAUUACCGGUGGCGAUUUACUGAUCGAUGGCAAGCGGGUCAACGAUGUACAGCCCAAAGAUCGCGAUAUCGCGAUGGUCUUCCAGAAUUACGCGCUCUACCCGCACAUGUCCGUCUACGACAACAUGGCUUUCGGCCUGAAAAUCCGCAAAUUCGCCAGGGACGAAAUUGAACGGCGUGUACAGGAAGCCGCCGGGAUUCUGCACCUCCAAGAGUUGCUGGGCCGCAAACCCAAAGCCCUUUCCGGCGGCCAGCGCCAGCGCGUGGCCCUGGGCCGCGCGAUUGUGCGCCAUCCCAAAGUGUUCCUGUUUGAUGAACCUUUAUCCAACCUGGAUGCCAAACUGCGCGUGCAGAUGCGUACGGAAAUCUCGGCUCUGCACAACCGCCUGCAGGCAACCAUGAUUUACGUGACCCAUGACCAGAUCGAAGCCAUGACCAUGGGGGACAAAAUCGUGAUCCUGAAGGAUGGUCGCAUCCAGCAGAUCGGGAGCCCGAUGGAACUGUACAACAUGCCAUGCAACCGCUUUGUGGCUGCUUUUAUCGGCUCGCCGCCGAUGAACAUUGUGUCGGCCAGGGUACUGGAAGAAGAUGGCAGACUGAUCGUUGAUGAAGGCGGUCUGCGCUCCGAGGUACCAGCAGCCGCCCUCGAAAAACUGCGCGCUUACAAAGGAAAAGAAGUGCUGGUCGGCCUGAGGCCCGAAGAUGUCAAACACGGUGGAGCUGCCGAUCACGGCAGUAUCCGUGCCAGGGCUGAGGUGAUUGAACCACUGGGUGCCGAAACCCAUGUCUACCUGAGCACCGCCGGGAAUCAUCAGUUUAUCGUCCGUCUGGAGCCAUCAGCUCAGCUUGCGGUUGGUGACGAAAUCGUCUGCACGCCGGUACAGGAUAAACUGCACUUUUUUGACAUGGAGACGGAAUUGUCUCUGCUCAAUGGUGAUAAGGCUCCACAGCAGGACUGA